AUGUCGGGUUUUGCAAAGGCCCAGGUCUCCGGCGGGAGGCCGGGCAAGGAUAUCCUCGCCUCGUUGAAACUGGCACAGCUGGAGAUUUCCAAGCCAGCCCUGCCUGCUGAAAUAUUAUCCUCCAUCCUAGAUUACCUUCCACCGGCCGACUUGAUUAGAGUCGCGGGGGCUUCGAGGUUAAUGAGAGAGAUGGUCUACGAGGAUUCAAGAUGGGUACAAAGACUGAAACGGAUUGGCUGUUGGGAUGAUGUCGAGGCAAGAAAAGUGGCGGAACAGUCCAACCCAGUUCUCCAUAGACAGAUGAGUGUGCCUGUGCCAACUAUACACGUUCAAACCCACCCACCUGAUAAGCCUCCCGGUGGAAACAUCGUGGGGGGAACUGCAAUCGCCAAUGGUACGACGGGUAAAUCGAACGCCUUUGAAGUCGUUGAGUUCUCUACGGGAAUAGGGUCGAACAAAUCUAUUGCUUUGAAUGCUAAGGCCGCUUUAUCUGUCCUCUCCCGUGUUUGCUCUAUACGUGGAAGGGCAAGGGAGGAAUACGGCAAGGUCCAUGCGGCGAUCUACCCAUUCUAUAGAGAUAUUGACAGAACGGGUGGGUCGAUGGACAGUAUAGUAUUUAAAGUGUACCAUACGCCCGAAGACCAAGCUCAGAUGCUGUCACAACUCCAAGCGUUCGCAAAAUGCGAUAAUGUCCUUGGAGGGAAGUCGAGGAGGGAAAAAGUUCUUCGUGCCGUAUCUCUUUUUGAAAUGGCCGCGCUGCAGGAGUUUAGAAGUGGGUAUGAGCAUGGAGAUAUCGAAGGUCAAAUGCGGAAAUAUACCGGUGUAUUGACCACACUUAAUGGCGGCAGUGCUGCUAUUGCUCAUUUCAUUGACCAUAACCACCUAUUCGCGCGGAAGCGCGAUUUUGGAAGCCCGUCGGAUUGUGUCGAUAGUGACACUAAUGCAGUGAGGUUAAGCCACUCUCAGGCAUUUCUUACCCGCCUGAGCGUGGCAUAUAACGAGGAAGUGGAUAUCAUAGAUCUCUGCUUCCAUACGCCUACGAAGGUAUCGACGUUAUUUCUAGACAAGAUCGAGACAGAGGUAUUGUCUCCUUAUUUCACCGCCCUUUUCACCGACCUACGCUCCCGGAACGUUGAAUCGUACCUUAGGGCUGUUUCGGGAACGUUUGCGCAGACUUUGCAUUUUACUCGGGAUUUACGGAAGCCCAUAAAUAGUUCUGGCGAUGACUUUGCCGAGGCAGCAGAUAGGAUUGCGGAAAGCAUAUUUGAACCAUAUCUCGACCAAUACCUCACAGACGAACUCAACCAUUUCCGUAAGCACUGUGACAUCGUCGUGUCAGAAUGGGAUAGGCAGCUCUCUGAGCAAGCAGCAUCCACGGAAUCCUUCUACAUGUCCAAUGUCAACCGGCAGGCUGAUAAGAAAGAUUUCCUCACCUCCUUUAAAAAGGUGCUUAUGGCGCCUGUGAACAUUCUACCUAAUUUCUCUUCUAUGAUGUCAAAUGGUGCAAAGGCGGAGGACACUGAGAAAGAUGCUCAAAUUCAAGACCCAACCUAUAUUCCGAACCCUAAGUUUGCAACGCCCGUGUCGAUUCCUUCCACCCCGUCAACGCCGCCAAAUGACCUUCCCACAACAGAACUUGCUGCCAAAGUUGCAAUCAUGAACUCGAGACUCGAAGGUAUUCGCUCCUUGUUCAGUAUCGAGGUAGCCCUCGACUUGGUUCACGCUGCCAAAGCUAGUCUAGAGCGAGCCGCCCAAUUCUUGAAACUGGGUGGUAAAUCCGCGAAAGAUGCAAAAUUACAGUGCGAGGCCAUUUUUGUCUCUCUCUUGCACAUCCUUGGCCAUCGACAUGUCAUUGCCGGCUUCGAUAAAGCCGUCGGUCACCUUUCCCAGUAUCAACCCCGAUACGAAGAGAAGCACGACGGCAAGGGCGUGGAGCCGUUGGUUACGUUCCUUGAGCUGGUCAAUGUGGGCGACCUGAUUCUCCAGAUGAUGGACGUCUUCUACGAACAAGAGCUAAUUGCAGCGAAACUGACGGACCGGAGCGACUUCCUCGACCCGGCGGCGAAGGAGAAGAAGAAAUUCGAGCAGAUGCUGGAUGAACGGGUUGCGGCGGGUCUUAACAAGGGCAUAGACGUGCUUAUGGAUGAGGUCGAUUACCUGCUGGCGACGAAGCAGCCUGCGACUGAUUUUAACCCAGAGGCGGAUCUUUCACGGCGGAAUGCGGCUGAUGUUGGGCCAAGUGAAGCGGCGAAAGCGGUUGUGGAUGUCAUUUCUGCACAUACUCGAAUGCUCAUAGGGAGCACUGAUAAGAGUACCCUUGAGGUCUUUAAUCAGGAGAUUGGCUUGCGGCUUUUUGCGUCGCUGUGCAAGCACCUGAAAAUGCAGCGUGUUACGGUCGAAGGGUCGAUUAAACUUAUCAGCGAUAUGAACCAUUACUUCAACCUCAUAAAAACGAUGAAAAAUGACCAGCUACUCCAAUACUUUAUUGCUCUCAGGGAAUUGUCGCAGGUUUACCUUAUUGACCCGUCUGAUUCUAAGGAGAUGGCUACGAUCAUCGCCGAUGGCGAUCGGUUUCACGGCAUUUUUCGCGCCGAAGAGGUCUAUGAAUUUGCCACUAGGCGCGCGGAUUGGUAUCAGGUUAAGAAGAGCGUGGAAAGAGCCAUGUUCGGCAUUGGAUGCUCUGUGAUGUGA